AUGGCGGUCAAAACAAGUGACUCUGCUCAGUCAACUGUUCUUUUAAGACGUCCUUUGCCGCCAAAAAUCACUUUAUCUCAAACCAAUGCAAAUUAUCAAAAAUGCAACACCAAAAACUUGGAUGGAAAGAGAGAAAAACUACGAAAAAAGGAAUGUUUAACUUUACAUUCAAAGGAAAAAACGGGCGCAGCCGCAGCUUCAGUUGACUUCGCCAGACAAGCUUGUAACUUGGACUCAGCUUUAGUUCUUUAUAAGCCGCGAGGUCCUGAUCCUCUGCCAGCAAGACAACCAAGACGCUUAAAAGAUAACCCAUAUGAGUUUCCAGCGGAAGGACGUUUUCUCCCAUCUUUACCAGAAUUUACUUUGGAGCAGUUUGUGCAACGAUGUGACGCACCGGGCAAGGACGCAAGUGAGCUCGCAGCGAGACAAUUUAUUGGAAGAAGUGAUGAUACAUGGUUUAUGAAAAGAAUUAAUGAGUUAAAUAGACAACAGGAACUGUAUAAACAAGUCAUUGAUGGUAGGUUACCUUGUAGGUAUAUGCUAUUUCAACUCAAGCUAUAUUCCAUUUAAUGUGGGCAUCCCCCCUCCCCCCUGUUGAGGGGUCUGACUAUCCAAUGGGGGAGGGAGGGAGAAUUUCACUUUAAAUUUUCCUAGGGGAUUGUUUCUGGGAUUUUAAACAAAAAUUUGGUAUUACAGCUACUGGAGUAUAUAAUAUCCUAUAGCGAGAUAUCCUAUGGGGUAGCUUCCAAAAGUUUUUUUAGCUGCAAUUAGUAGUUCAAAAAGUUGGGAGCAAUCAUAGAACUGAUUCCCGAUUUGUUUGAUUAAACACACUAAGGGGUAAGGUGUAAGGUUUCAAAAUUGAUGGGUAUUCUAUAAUUGUGUUUGUUUGUGUUUCCAUCACUGAUGUUGGUUUCAUGUACAGGAGUUGUUCAUACAAUCUGA